UCCCCUCCCCUCCUCCCUCUGUCUGUCUCGGGGGCGUGUCGGAGCGCGCGGCCAGGCAGCGGUUUUCCUUCGUAAAAUGGCUGAAACAGAAAAUAAAAGAAUUUAAAAUUAAAACAAACAGAAGGACUUUCCGCCGGGGGCCGCGGUUCGUGACGGGCUGAGGCGGAUUCUACUGGAUCCUACUGAGACAGAAACUUUUUAAUGAACCAGGGUCCUCCAAGUCCUGAACCCUCGGCUUGGGGGUCCAUCUCCCAUCAUGCCCGUUGACAUGGCCAUGAGGAUCUGCCUGGCCAACUCUCCCCCUCUGCGUUCCUUCCUCGGUAACUAUGAUGACCGCUGUUCAGCAGCGGCUGCUCUGCUGCAGCACUGCAAGCCGCUGCGACCGUGUCUGAGCAGCAAUGUCACCAUGGCCAUGAUGUCUCCAUCAUCAUCAUCGAUGGUGGAAACUGCAGAGGUCGGUAGCGGCCCAGCAAGGCUGAGGAGGAAGAAGAAGAGCGUGGUGUUCGCUGACUCUCGGGGUUUGGCGCUCACCGCUGUCCACGUAUUUGAUGAGAGCGAGGACGACGCUCUGACUGAGCUGCAGUUCCACCUGACAGAGAUAGAGGGUGCUACAGCCAUGCUGCACCUGGGAGGAAACACAGAUCCUUCAGGUUGUUCAGGUCUGGUCCUGGACUUUACUCAGCCAGCUGCAGACUAUCUGGACCUGAGGAACCGACUAAAAGCCCAGCAGGUUUGUCUGGAGACCUGUUCUGUCCAGGACCGGCUGCUCUCAGGUACUGUUCAGGUCCGAAACAUCUGUUUCAAGAAGUCUGUCUCGCUUCGGAUCACCUUUGACUCGUGGCGCUCCUUCCAGGAUGUUCACUGUCGGUACCUGAACAAUGUCUACGGUUGCCCUGACACCGACACCUUCUCCUUCUUGAUCAUGGUGCCAGAGCUCCUCAAGCCUUCCGACCGAGUGGAGUUCUGCAUUCAGUACCAGACUGAGGACCAGACCUUCUGGGACAACAACCGCGGGAACAACUACCAGCUGGUGGCAGUGGGUCCAAACAGCAGCCCGAUUCGGGGCCCUGAGAGUCCGGUGGGACCAGACAUCCAAAGAGGCCAUGUUAGAGAGAAGAGGGAGGAGAUGGACUUUGAUCCGUUUGGAAGUCCCAGGACGUCAGCAGGGAUCUUCCCCGAGUGGCAGAGCUGGGGUCGAGUAGAAACCAGUGCCCCCUACUGGUGACACCAGCGCAGGACAUGUUUUAAUGUUGCACCUUCACAUCAGCACUGAACAGCCGCAUCUCAUCCUCUGGAUCCAGAUAUGGCUGUAGAACACACUAUGGACUGCCUUCACUCGAGUCACUUUAGUUCCUGAGAUGAAUUAUUUUCUUUAUGAAAGAUUAUUAGUACAUAUACUUUAUAAAAGUAUUUUUCUCUGGAUGGAGAGAGGAAGUUCACCAUCAAGUAGUCUAACUGUUUGACUCGCCUGGGUUUCAUCCUCUCUCCAGACCAGGAUCAGCCCAAGUGGUUCCAGAUGCAGACUGGACCAGAUCCAGUCUGAGAACUGUAAACCAGAGCUGAUCCUCAGCUCAGAUCUUUUAAAAUAUCCACCUUAAAACCUGGUCCAUGAGGGAAGCCCUGUAAACUCUGGUCCAGCAUCAGACCCAGUUUACAUCUGGUCCUCUGGUGCUGGAACACAGCCACAACUGGUCCCGGACCAGCUGUGUGUUGAAGUGUGUCACUUUUUAAGAUAUGCAAGUAAGACCUCCAUCUCUUCUCUGUCAACCAGCAGCAUGGCUUCAAGCCCUGAAACACCAGCCAGAAGCACUGUGCUCAUCAAAUCCAAGAUGUCUGAAACCAGUUCAACAAUCUCUGCUGACUCUGGGUUCUCUGGGAGUCUGGCUAACCCUAAUUCUAAACUCCAAUGCCUUCAGACUCAGUUCACCCUUCAAAUCCAGACCCAAAUCCAAAAACCCACCCUGGCCCAGUCUGGGUCUUUAGCAUUGCUUUGGUCUGGUCAGUUUCACCUGAAGGAGAAACUGUUGUGAAAUGUUUUGGAUUCAGAGUGAACUGAGCCAGCUCCUGUCUCAGGAUCUGUUCAGACAGAGAUCAAUGUGAAUUUUCUGAAGUAGCUGCUGGAUCUCAUCAUGAUGAUUCUAAAAUUCACCUCGUCCUCUGUCUGAACUCAUUUUUAAACCUUGUGUUAAUUGUGGUGUUAAAUAUCACCGUCAUGUUGGUGUGAGCGAGUCAGGUAAAUUCAGAAGGUAAGAUUUAGGUUUUAAUCGUACUGCAACCAAACCACGACCGGUCGUUUCACCUCCUCCGACCUCCGUCUGGGUAACUAUGCAGAAAAUAAUAACGGCUCACAUCUGUUUAGAUUAUUUAUCAUCAUGUUGUUGUUCAGGCUAAAACUUUCUCUGCAGGAAAUCAUGGCUGAAAACCUCUUGUCCAGUUUCUAUUAUCACAGAGUCAUCUCUGUCUCUCUGACUCGGACUUGUCUUUCUGAGGGGUUUUGACUCUGACUUGUCUCUGUCCCUUAGAGGGUUUUGACUGUGACUUGUCUUAAUUUUGUGGGUGCUCUGACUCUGUGCCGUGUCCUCCCAGCCUUAAGAGUUGAACUCGUCAGGUUUGAACUCAAAGUCCUGGACUCUGGACUCAGGGUCCUCAGGAUCAGGACUGAGACUGUGGACAGAUUUUAUUUGUCAUAUUUUUAGCGUGUGGUUAACACCCUUAGAUUCUUCUAAGAGAUGCUAACAAUGCUAACGAUAAAGAGGGUAGUUAUCCCUGAGUUCUUCAGGGUGUUGCUAUGCAGUUUAGUCUCUGACUGUAGUCAAGUUGUCAUGGUAACCUCUGAUAGAUUGAGACAGGGAAAGUUCAACCUGCACUUCCUGUUAGCUCCUGUAGCUGUACCAGUUUAAAGCCUUUACUGAUCUAAAAUCUACUUCCAGUGCUCUUACCCUGUUGUGUGUGUGUGUGUGUGUGUGUGUGUGUGUGUGUGUGUGUGUGUGUGUGUGUGUGUGUGUUGAAGGGAAGUGUAAAGUGUUAGUGUGUGUUUGUGUUGUCGACCUGCGGCUCCGACUUGUCUAAAAGUCUUGAGUUUUUUUUUUUCAUGGAUCGGUCAGAGAUGUUUGGUGGACGGUGUCGUGCUGUGUUCAUGUCCCGUCAGAUUGUCCACUACCACCUUCAGGUAAGGGACAAUCAGGGUCCCUGAUCUGUCCUGUAAACUUUUAUCACUUUAAGUACUUUAAACUUGGGUCUCGGCGCUAACCCUCUGAUGGGCAGGGCCGAUAAACUCUUUACUCUGAUAUGACCUGAACACAGCACAACUGGAAGCUAAAUGGCAUUUAACCUGGCUAGCUCACAAGCUAACCAGCUGUUAGCAUUAGCGACUGUAACGUAAAGUGCAAUGUAACGAUGAGGUCAUGAUGUGCUGCUGAAGCAGGAAGUGAUGUAAGUGAGUGACUGUUCCUUUUUAUGUGUGUCCUUUCAGAAUAAAAGUCUAAUGUUUGUAGUGUUCAAA